GAUGCUGAAACCUAGAUGAGGAGACCGGAGCGGAGCCGUGCAGGCCAGGGGACUGCAGAUGCCGAGGACUCAGUGACAGAGACAGAGCCGGGGACAGAGGCAGAGACAGCAGACAGAGAGGAGGAGCGAGGCGCACAGGCCGCGGGGACGCGCCUGGCACAGAGAAGGUCGGGCGACACAGACAGACCCGGAAGGCCAGGAGCCACCAAGGAACUCAGGGCCACCUGCCCACCCCUCUCCACCUUCUUCUUCCUUUUUGUCGUCUUCGUGGUGUCCACCGUCUUCCACUGCUACCAGCGCCUGGCCCUGGUGCCCACCCCUUGGGCCUCCUCUCCCCGCGUGCUGCUGGCCCCCGGACACCUUCCGAGGGAGGGCAUGUUCACCGUCAACGCCAUCGGCCGCCUGGGCAACCAGAUGGGCCAGUACGCCACGCUGUACGCCCUGGCCAAGAUGAACGGGCGGCCGGCCUACAUCCCCGCGCACAUGCACAACACGCUGGCCCCGCUCUUCCGCAUCAGCCUCCCGGUCCUGCACGGCGCCACGGCCGGCAGCGUCGCCUGGCGCAACUACCACCUGGACGACUGGAUGCAGGAGCGCUACCGCCACAUCCCCGGCCGCUACGUGCGCCUCACGGGCUACCCCUGCUCCUGGACCUUCUACCACCACCUGCGGCCCGACAUCCUGCGCGAGUUCAGCCUGCACGAGCACGUGCGGCGCGACGCCCAGGCCUUCCUGCGGGAGCUGCGCGUGGGCGGCGCGCGGCCGCGCACCUUCGUGGGCGUGCACGUGCGGCGCGGUGACUACGUGCAGGUGAUGCCGCGCGUGUGGAAGGGGGUGGUGGCCGACCGCGGCUACCUGCGGCAGGCGCUGGACUGGUUCCGCGCCCGCUACCCCGCGCCGGUCUUCGUGGUCACCAGCAACGGGAUGGCCUGGUGCCGGGAGAACAUCGACGCCUCGCGCGGCGACGUGGUGUUCGCGGGCACCGGCGUGGAGGGCUCGCCCGGCAGGGACUUCGCGCUGCUCACGCAGUGCAAUCACACGGUCAUGACCAUCGGGACCUUCGGCAUCUGGGCCGCCUACCUGGCGGGAGGGGACGCCGUGUACCUGGCCAACUACACGCUGCCCGACUCGCCCUUCCUCGAGGUCUUCAAGCCCGAGGCGGCCUUCCUGCCGCAGUGGGUGGGCAUCGCCGCCGACCUCGGGCAGAGCAGCCCCUAGCCCUGGACCUGGGCGUCCCUUGACCUGGUCCCCCAAAAGCCAGCGUAUGUGGGCUGAAGCAUGUGGACCCAGGAUCCCUUAGGGAGUUUGAGUUCAGCCACGCGGCCGCUGAGUGACCUUGCACAAAUGACUUCACCUCCCUGUGCCUUCGCAUGCCAGGACUGGACGAGCUCGCUUCAGGCUGUGCCUAGGAGACUCCUCGGUGCCUUGUAAAUGCGUGGGAAGUGCUGGCCGCUGUCCCGGGGAGCUGGCGGGACGUUUGGAAACCUGGAGAUCCCACAUCACCUCCCGGGAGGCACCGGCAGCCAGGCCGCUCUGCCCUGCAGUCUGGGCGGCUGGAGCUCCGGGCGGCUGGGGUUGAGCCCGGUGUCAGAGGCCUCGGAGUUCAACAGGUGAGGGGAGGCAAUCAGAGAGCCCGGGGUGGGGGGACGCUGGCCGGGGCCUGGGCACCCACAUCAGAGCCCCCCACCCUGCCCGGCCUCAGCCAGCACCUAGCGCUGCCCUGAGGAGCCCAGUGGGCACUGCGCUGUGGCAGCCCGGACACCGCGGAGUGCGUGGUUUACAAGGCUGGGAGGCGCCAGGUGCUGGGAGCAUGGAGCCCGCACCCACUUGUCAGCUGGAGGGGCCUGGUGAGGGGCCGCGGCAGGGCACAGGGCACCCCAGCUUGGGUCUCAGCUCCUGUUACAGCCACUGUCCUGCUGGGUCAGUGCCUCUCGCUGUGGCCUCAUUUAACCUCCUCACCUCCCAGGGUCCCACUCCCAAGGCCCAGGGUUGAUUCAUAUUCCCACCUCCAAGCCGGGUGUGGUGGAGCUCGCCCCUAAUUCCAGCACCGUGGGAAGCUGAGGCAGGAGGAUUCCAAGUUUGAGCCCAGCCCGAGCAAUUUAGUGUCCAAUGGAGAGCAUGUCUCAAGAUAAAAAAUAAAGAAUUUUAACAGGCCAGGGAUGUAGCACAGCAUGAAG